GACCAAACGUGCCAUGGAUGGCCGCGACAAGACGUACCAUGUUUGACCGCGGGUAUACAUUGUGGUGUAGUAUCACGUCAUCAGACUGCGGAUAUGUAUUGUGAUUUCCUUUCGUAUAUAGAUAGCCACCUUCUUCUAUUAAUUUCUUGGCAGCGAUUGGAUUUCAGCUUUGCUCUACCAGCUUGA